CCAAUAAUACGCUGCUAAAAAUAAGCGGAAAAGAAAUCCCAUCGCCGGCCGUCCUUCCCGAGUCCUCAGUCCGAGCGACCCACGGCGGCUCGACCUGCCGCUGCCGCUGCCGGUGCCCCACCUCUUCUCCUCUUCCACGGCGACCAGCCCAACCCCUCCUCCUUUCACGGGCCGCCGUUCCGGCCACCGGUUGGUUUCUGAGAAUGGGGAUCAUGCUCAACUUCACAGUGCCCAAUCAAUUCCAUCCAACGCAACUCCACCGAGGCAGCGGCAGAAUAGUAGGCCAUCAGCUCGAAGCGUUGAGCAUUCUGGCUUUCAGAGCUUUAUCCGAGCACAUUCAACAGAAUGAAGUGUUCCGUCAAACGCCUAUAGCCAACAGCCAGUUUCAACUGCUGAGCAUUCUGCUUUGCGGACUAAUCCAUGCCAAGGGAAUAACUGGGGAAGUUCGAUGUAAACUGUGCUGCAUUCUCAUCUGUGGAGUUAUAUCUGACUACAUCCAUCACGGACCAAUUGAUGCAAAGGAAUCGGCGAUUGAUCUGUUUGGAGACCUUCCAGAGGACGUGCUAUGCACAAUUUUUUCAAAGUUGCCUCUGGAAGAGGCUGUAAGAACCAGUGCCGUAUCAAGGAAAUGGAGAUACUUGUGGAUGCUUUGUUCUAAAUUGAGUUUCGAUGGAAAUACAGUAUGUGGCAAAAACAAUUAUGAGAAAAGAGUGUAUACUCUAAUGUUCACUCGCAUUGUUAAUAGGGUCUUGGAACAGUACCGUGGCAAGUUGGUGGAAGAGCUUGCAAUCAAAAUUGAGUUCAACUGGAUGUUGGUUGAACAUCUUGAUAACUGGGUUCGUUUUGUUGUAUCAUCACAGACAAAGGCACUAGUUUUUGAUUUAGCACCAGAACAGCGUCAACCUCCAGGUCGUGAUGAUCGGUACAAAUUUCCAUUUGAGCUUUUAGACGACGACAGUAUAUGCCGUCUACAGAAACUUCAUCUUAGCUUUGUAGAUUUCCAGCCACCAAUUCAUUUUAGUGGUUUCCCUAACCUAAGGAAGCUUGAUCUGAACUUAGUGAAUGUCAGUGGGAAGGAUAUUCAACAUAUGUUGUCAAACUGCUGUAACCUAGAGUGGCUGAGUAUUGUUAGAUGCCAUCUCAAUGGGGAACUAAAGGUUAACGGCCCUCUGCCUCACCUGCUAUACUUGAAAAUUGCUUCCUGCAAUAUAACAAAUAUAGAAUUCCUUGCCGAGAACCUUGCAACCUUCGAAUACAGAGGAGAAGCGGUGCCUAUUGACCUCAGUAAUUCAUUGGAACUGAAAUGUGCAAACAUAUGGUAUUAUAGAGACACGCUCGAGCACACUAUUACUGUUCUUGCUAAUGUGCUUAUAAAUGUGCAACAUCUGACCCUCGAUACAGCCUGUGAACCUCCAAAGAUUCCCUGUUUGAUGCAUUACCGAUGCAAGUUUUCUCAGAUGACGUAUUUACAAUUGAGGUUGGUUUAUAUCGAAGAAUUCAAUAUAUUAUCUUUGGUCUCUUUUGUGAGGUCUGCUCCUUUCAUCCGGAAGUUAGAGCUGCACUUUCGUUUCCCUAGUUAUGUGCAUUCGAUACAAGAAUCUGAUGAACCUAUCAGGAAGCUACCGGAGCGUCUGUUCAACAACUUAAAGAGUUUGUAUGUUACAGGAUUUAAAGCAUGCAUCGGUCAAGUUGAGUUCCUUUCACACAUGGUGGAAAAUUCCCCUGCACUGGAGAUUUUAAGUAUAGAUCAUUCAGACAAAUAUCCCCUAGAAGGCCAUGAAAGAGACACGAAAACGGUUGUUGACGUAGUCCAUAGAACUGCUAGAAGGUAUCUCGAAGGGAAGAUUUCGUCCAAGUGCACCCUAAUAUUACUUUAAGGGAUUUGUUGGUAUAGGGAUGUACAUUGUAUCUCUAUCUAGGGAUUGAAAAUCCGAUGCGGUGGCAUCUUUAAACAUGUCUGCAUUGGUCACUACUAUGUGCAUUGUGAUUUGGUUUUGCACGGUCCAUUAUAAUAUUGAUGAAAUGAACAUGCUUCCCUUUGCAUAAAUCCGCUGUUUGCCCUCCACUACAGUACUCGUUGCGUACAACUCUAUUAACCUCGGAGUUCCACGUUUUCACCCCAUUUUAGAUGAUGUAUAUGCUUCCUCCCUGCAUGACAUGUAUGGACACAUGGGGCCUUCUCUUUUUUAGCAGGCACGCAGCCCUAGUUGUUUUAGUUUUUUUUUCACCUCGCCGUCUCCCCCAUGCUAUCAGGUGUGGCGUUGGGUGUUAUCCGAUCGUCCAAAGCAUUCCCGCCUAACCAGUAACUGCUUGCUUCUGUAUAAUUCUUCUAUUUUUAUUCCUCUUGGUUUACCGGCUGUUGUUCCUCUGGUUACCGGUUGUGCUCUCAUCGGGCGCCAGCAGCUGCCUCCGCUGGUCGAGCUCGCUGCUGACCUACUCAGGCAAGCAGCUCAGCUCUGCAGCUGCGUGCUGCUCCUGGACUUAAGUUAACUUUUUCAGGAAGGGGCUAUGGUAUCCUGAGGGACUAGAGACUGAGGGACUACAUCCUCAAGCAUGGCCUUGGCUGCUGGACUGCUGUCCCUGCAAGGGCUGGUGAGCUCUCUCUCUCUCUCUCUCUCUCUCUCUCAAUGUAGGAGUACUUCUUUCCCUUUUCAUGCAUGGAAAUUGCUGCCUGUCAUUGCUUGCAGAAGUACUAGUCUAGUACACAUGGCUGGAGUACUAGUCUAGUAGCAUUAGCAAUAAUUUGAUGAACUUGCGUCGUUUCUAAUGGGUUUUCUUGUAUUUAGCUUGGAGUUCUACUUGGAACCUUACAAAUGCUAGUGUUUGUAAUGAUCAAAUGAUAAUGCUAACAAAUGCUAGUGUUUUCAGUUAAGUUUUUCUGAAACUACUCCUCUGUCAAUGGUUACAAACAAAUUCUGUACUCCUUUUUCAAACAAAUGGUUUUAACUGAAAAUUUCAUCAUGCUACUGUGACAUCUACUGAAAAUUUCAAACAAAUGAAAGAAGUACUGUAGUUACAAAUGGUGACAUCUACUGUACUCAUUUUUCAGUACAUCUACUGUGACAUCUUCUGUAGAUUCUAUUACACACGCUUAUCCUCUGUCAUUUUACUCAUACACAUGUCUAUGAUCCUGUUAACACAUGCUCAUGCUCGCUGCAAGAUCUGAUGAUCAACCGGAGAUGUUGCUGGUCAAUUCAUAGCGACGACCUGAUGCUCUGCUGCACUGAUCCAGCCGGAGAUGAUGCUGAUGAUCUGCUGCUCAACAAGGUGCUGCUGCUUCUCCCGGGGCGUGCUGAUGAUCUGCUGCUCAACGUGGUGAUGGAUCUGGUAGCGCUUGGGGCAGGUGAUGGAUGGGCGACGAGGAGCAGCAGGGGCGACGAGGAGCCUGGCGGAGGGGUGGAGCAGGGGCGACAAGGAGGGGCCUAGCGGAGGGGUUGAUGGAGGAAGACGAUGAUUUCAGAUUAGGGGUAGUUCUGUACUUUCCUAGCUUUUCACCUGGUCGGAGAAUCCCCCCGGCGACAACUAUUACGGUACAGAGGGAGUAGGUUGUAAGACAUGGAACAUGCUGAAGGACUUGCAUGGAAAAGAAGGCGGCUGAGAAUGAGGUCACACGUUGUAUGGACUUAACAAUUCUGUACUCCGAUUCCGUGCAGCAGUCACACGUUGUCGAAUGAGGUUGAGCGGGGUGUUUGAGGAGCCUUCCAUUAACUUGACAGUCGAUAUUUGAUAGCUCGCUGCU